AACACUAGUUACAAGUUAUUUGGACUCGAAAGGGUGAACACCUCAAUGCCACCACCAUCUGGGGAGGAAAACGUCUGAAGUUACUGCAGUACUGAGAAAGCUCUUAAAAAGCAAGCGCACACACACACACACACACACACACACAGGUGGUUGGACUGAUUGAGACCUGCCUGUUUGCCUUUAUGCUGAACUGCCUUUCAAGCUGGCCCAACACUGCUCAGUGGAAAUAAGAGAUUGUUCAACUGGCUGACAAGAAGCACAGUGCAGAUCUGGGACUGCCAGCAACUUAAAUCACAACAGCGACAAAAGGGAACAUACAGCUACACUUGUUUUGCUUUCAAGAUCUGCGUUCGGGGGACAAUUUUCUUUUCUUCUCAUACAAGGUUUGGUCUUUACAAACAUUCCUCUUAGACAUAAAUGAAGAGAGAUACAUAGCUCAGAGUUUACCUUAGGACUGAUCUGGGCAGGGGGACAGGAGUAAGAGCCUAAACAUGCUGUACCUUUUCAGACUUUAGGAGAAGUGCUUACUGAACUGAGAAAACAAUGCCAUCGCCGCAAUAAAUGGAGCCACUGUUUCUUGCAACUAAAACUGAAGUCAUCAACCAAAGGAAGCUGCAUUUCAACACACAGUUUUUUGUUCCCCAUUUACAAAUUUAAUUCAAACUGGCUGGGGAAUAUCUAUUAAGAACUGAAUGCACAAAAGUAAACACAAGCCGUUUACCAUGUCAAACAACACCACCAACUGUAACAUCGAUGAUAGCUUUAAGUACACCCUUUACGGCAGUGUAUACAGCAUGGUCUUUGUUUUGGGACUGAUCUCCAAUGUGGUGGCCUUGUACAUCUUUUUGUGCUCGCUGAAGCUACGUAACGAGACCACCACUUACAUGAUGAACCUGGUAUUCUCCGAUCUGAUCUUCGUCUUCACGCUGCCUUUACGGAUCUUCUACUUUGUUACCCGCAACUGGCCCUUUGGGGAUAUGCUCUGCAAGAUCUCCGUCUCCCUUUUUUACACUAACAUGUACGGGAGCAUGCUCUUCCUCACCUGCAUCAGUGUGGACCGCUUCUUGGCCAUCGUGCACCCGUUCAGGUCCCGGACUCUGCGUACCAAGCGUAAUGCCAAAAUCAUCUGCUGUGCCAUUUGGGCGCUGGUGCUCGCAGGAAGUUUGCCUACUGGCUUUCUUCUCAAUUCCACAAGUAAGCACAAUAAAGGCGAGAACAAAUACUCCUGUUUUGAGAACUUCUCAAGUAGUGAAUGGAAGGACUACCUGUCCAAGGUGGUCAUCUUUAUUGAGACUGUGGGGUUCCUCAUCCCCCUGAUCCUCAACGUCUCCUGUUCCGCCAUGGUCCUGCAGACCCUCCGCAGGCCCAGAACCCUGAACCGAGGAAAGCUGAACAAAACCAAGAUCCUGCGCAUGAUUAUGGUUCACCUCUUUAUAUUUUGCUUCUGCUUCGUGCCCUACAACAUCAACCUGGUGUUCUACGCCCUCGUCCGGACUCAGGCUCUGAAGGGAUGCACGUUGGUGGCCGUCAUCCGGACAAUGUACCCAGUGACACUGUGCAUCGCGGUUUCCAACUGCUGCUUUGACCCUAUUGUGUACUACUUCACUUCUGAGACCAUCCAAAACUCCAUAAAAAGGAAAUCCACAAGCAAGAUUUGCGAUACUAAGUUCUCUGAAGAAAGCUCCAUACAGCAAAGCCUGCGCACCAUUAAAGCCAAAAUGUUUCAGACAGAAUCCACAGUGUAAGUGCUGACUUUACAGCAGACACUUUAAUUCUCAACUUUCCCCUCAGUGUGGUUUGUACAACAUCACUGUUUGAAAGGAAAUUAUGCAAAAACUUCAUCUAUCACUUUUGGAAACUGAAAGGAACUUGAAAUCAGCAACUUGGAAUUACUUUGGAGCAUAAUGUAUUUAACUAACUUUGUCAUGAAAAGCUUUAUGAGCUGAGGAAUACGUGAGAACUUUUUUUAAAAGGCUGCAACCGAUGGAGAAUCAAACCAGGAUUCAAAUAUAAAUGAAACUAAAAAAGGAUUGUCCUGUUAAGUGUUCAAAAGAUUUGUUUCAAAUCUGAAAAGGCAGGUAUGUAGCCAUUGCGUAGUGGUGUGAAAAAAAUGGUGUGCUAAAGUAGUUCCAAAAUGAUGCUUCAGUGACCAACACAAAAAACAAAUGACUUGCCUUGUCCCCUCCAUGUAAAACAAGUAUUAUUGCAGUAUUUAUCUAUUUCUGCUAUCAGUGAAAUUAGAAUGUGAACCAGGGAUUACUGCUGAACCUUUGAAUUACCCAUACUAUGUAUAUAUACACUGUGUGUAUAAAAUGUGUGUGUAUAUGCAUCUAUAAACUAGGCACCAUAGUGCCAUGUGUCUUGGUGGUUUCUACUGACUUAAAGCUGUGUCUUUGCAAAUGAAAGUAGUAUAAUGAAUCUACUCUAAAUGAUCUAUUUGUUCACAUACUUUGUGGCCUUGCUUUGCAAUUCAGUUUGUUCACGUUUAAAGAACUGUGCUACUUUGACACACACACACUCUCGCAGUGAAACGUUUGUAUGGGAAAAGAACAUUUUAAAAAAGGGGACAACUGAAAAUGGUUAGCUCCUUUUCUCAAUGCCAGUUUGCAUUUAGCAUACAGUAUAACAGUGCCUUUAUUCUAUUCUUAAAAGCAAAGUGAUUGAUGAUAUAACUUCUUUGCUUUUACACAACUCUGGGACCAAAAACAGCAGAAAACUAUAUUUGUGUUAGCCAUUUCAUAACCAGGACUCGUUUUACUAGCAACACCCAACUCUAGGUAACAUGGUAUAAUAUUACCUAAACCCAACAAAGUUUAUGGAGUGUUGGUAUCAACAUGCAGCAAAUCCCUUUAACAAAUAAUCUAAUAGCAAUACAUAUUUAAAGAAAACCUCUUAUGGUAGUUUAGGGUUAAAUUAAGGUACUGUUGUAUUGUUAAUUAAAUAAAGCUUGGUAACUACUUUUUGUUUAAAGUUAACUAUUUUACCUUUUUGAGAGAAUAUCAAAAGGAACGUUUAAAAUAAACGUGAUGUCAAUCUAAAAAUAAUGCAUAACAGGUUCUGUUGGGAAACCACAUGCAUCAAAAGAGGCUGAUCCAAUUAGAAAUCAGGAGCAAACCAAAUUUGCAGAAAACAAAACCAAAAUCAAUGCCAACAUUUAUGUACGUAUGGCUGCAGCUGCAGAGUAAAGCACAAAGCAUUGCACAGCUCGGUCACAAAUUCCAAUGUUCACUGAUAAGGUUUCUGUUUCCGGUAACACUUUUGAAAGCCUCUAGUAAAACUAAACUGUUAACACGACUCAUUGUGCAGUAUUUAAGUAAACCGUAGUGUUAAUUUACAAUUAGGAAUUAUAAUUAUUGCUAAACUGCUGGGCAAAAAGUUGCCAAAAAAGUAUGCUUUCUCUUCUUAAAAAAAAGGGCUCUGAGACCCAUUUUUAUAAUUCCAAAAACUAAGAAACAACUACGGGUGGUCAUUGUAAAGGACUCCAAAGUGGAUUCAAGUCUCUUACCAAUUUGUUUAGAAUAAUUUGCACAUUACCAGCUAAAUAUUUUGCCACUUUGUAGAUUGUAUGCAAUUGUUGGCUACAGUUUAAGAACAAUUUCUUUAAAAGUCAUAUUUUUUAGCAAGCUCUAAAAACAAAACUUUUUAUUUUCCUGCAAUUACAACAUUCAGGAAAAGAUGUCCACAACAUGAACACAUUGAGGGAACGGAAGUCUGCCCUACACAACUUCAACAUAAAAAACAAAAAGAAAACAAAGGUGUUCUUCACAAUUAAAAAUAUUUUUCAAACAAAAAACAACAGCUAAGACAUGACUCACUUCCUCUGUUUUAAGUGCUUUUUGGAAGAUGAAUUGUAAGAGGAAGCCGUGUUUUUAACUACAUUUCCAUAAAAAGUCAGUUGAAGCUUCUUGUGAACUUGGUAUGACCUUCAGGGUGACAGGUCUUCAAUCCUAAACCAGCUUUUACAUCUCCGUACGACUAAGACUAUACUUUGGUUAGAAAACAGUUGCCAAUCUGAUGUGAACAGGUGACCACAUACAGUAGUGUGCUUUCACACAUUACCAAAAUAUAUGAUCUGGAGUAUCCAGCCUUUGUAAUAGUCUGGUAUAUAUUCAUUAGGGCCCUUAAACAGUAUUGGCCAGGCUAUAACAGUGUACAUAAGAAAGUUUACAAACGAGAGGAGGCCAUUCAACCCAUUUUGCUUGUUUGGUUGUUAGUAGCUUAUUGA